GAAUGCAAUAAACCCCGUGAGGCCUUUGGAUUUGAACAAGCUGUCAGGGAAUAUACUCUCCAGAGCUUUGGUGAAAUGGCUGAUAACUUCAAGUCUGAUUAUUUCAACAUGCCAGUCCAUAUGGUUCCCACUGAGCUCGUAGAAAAAGAAUUCUGGCGAUUGGUGAGCAGCAUAGAAGAAGAUGUCAUUGUGGAGUAUGGGGCUGAUAUCUCAUCCAAGGACUUUGGAAGUGGCUUCCCAGUGAAGGAUGGCCGACGGAAGCUGAUGCCAGAGGAGGAGGAUUAUGCGCUUUCUGGUUGGAACUUGAAUAACAUGCCAAUUCUAGAACAGUCAGUCCUUGCACACAUCAAUGCAGAUAUCUCUGGCAUGAAGGUACCUUGGCUGUACGUGGGCAUGUGCUUCUCCUCGUUCUGCUGGCAUAUUGAAGAUCACUGGAGCUAUUCCAUCAACUACCUGCAUUGGGGAGAGCCGAAGACCUGGUACGGCGUUCCCUCUCAUGCAGCAGAGCAGCUAGAAGAUGUGAUGAAGGAAUUGGCUCCUGAGCUAUUUGAAUCCCAGCCUGAUCUCUUGCAUCAGCUGGUCACUAUUAUGAACCCCAAUGUGCUGAUGGAACAUGGUGUACCAGUGUACAGGACCAAUCAGUGUGCUGGGGAGUUUGUUGUGACCUUUCCUCGUGCCUAUCACUCUGGAUUUAACCAGGGAUAUAACUUUGCUGAAGCUGUGAACUUCUGCACUGCUGAUUGGCUUCCCAUUGGACGUCAGUGUGUGAGCCAUUACCGAAGGCUAGGGCGUCACUGUGUUUUCUCCCAUGAAGAGCUGAUCUUCAAGAUGGCUGCAGAUCCAGAGUGCUUGGAUGUUGGGCUGGCUGCCAUGGUCUGCAAGGAGAUGACUCUAAUGAUAGAGGAAGAGACACGGUUAAGGGAGUCUGUUGUACAGAUGGGUGUGUUGAUGUCUGAAGAAGAGGUGUUUGAACUGGUUCCAGAUGAUGAGCGUCAGUGCACAGCCUGCAGAACAACGUGCUUCUUGUCAGCUCUUACGUGUUCCUGUAACCCCGAGCGGCUGGUGUGCCUAUACCAUCCAUCUGACUUAUGUCCGUGUCCCAUGCAGAAGAAGUGUCUAAGGUACCGGUACCCACUAGAAGACCUUCCUUCUUUGCUGUAUGGAGUGAAAGUUAGAGCACAGUCGUAUGACACUUGGGUCAGUAGAGUUACAGAAGCUCUGUCUGCCAAUCUCAACCACAAGAAAGAUGUGAUCGAGCUGCGAGUAAUGUUGGAGGAUGCUGAAGACAGGAAGUAUCCAGAGAAUGAUCUUUUCCGCAGGCUCAGAGAUGCUGUGAAAGAAGCAGAGACCUGUGCUUCAGUAGCACAGCUGCUACUAAGCAAAAAGCAAAAACACAGCAGACAGAGCCAAGACAGUGGAAGGACACGGACCAAGCUAACUAUGGAGGAGCUUAAGGCAUUUGUACAGCAGUUGUUCAGCUUGCCCUGUGUGAUCAGCCAGGCCCGACAAGUAAAGAAUCUGCUUGAUGAUGUGGAAGAAUUUCAUGAGCGUGCUCAAGAAGCUAUGAUGGAUGAGAUCCCAGACUCUUCCAAGCUGCAGGAGUUGAUAGACUUGGGCUCUGGCCUUUAUGUAGAGCUUCCUGAACUGCCAAGGCUGAAGCAAGAACUGCAGCAGGCACGGUGGCUGGAUGAGGUGAGGUCCACCCUCUUGGAUCCCCAGAGGGUCACCCUAGAUGUGAUGAAGAAGCUGAUUGACUCAGGUGUGGGCUUGGCACCACACCAUGCUGUAGAAAAAGCCAUGGCUGAGCUGCAGGAGCUGCUUACGGUCUCAGAGAGGUGGGAGGAGAAGGCCAAGGUCUGCCUGCAGGCCAGACCACGCCAAAGUAUGAUGGCUCUGGAGGGCAUCGUGAAUGAAGCAAAGAACAUCCCUGCUUACCUGCCCAAUGUGCUGGCCCUGAAAGAAGCCCUGCAGCGGGCUAGAGACUGGACAGCCAAAGUGGAGGCCAUUCAGAAUGGGAACAACUAUGCCUACCUGGAGCAACUGGAGAGCUUGUCUGCCAAAGGCCGCCCCAUCCCGGUGCGCCUGGACGCCCUGCCGCAGCUGGAGUCUCAGGUGGCCGCAGCACGCGCCUGGAGAGAGCGCACAGGGAGGACCUUCCUGAAGAAGAACUCAAGCUACAGUCUGUUACAGGUUCUGAGCCCUCGGACUGAUAUUGGUGUUUAUGGGAGCAGUAAGAACAGGCGGAAGAGGGCAAAGGAGUUGAUGGAGAAGGAAAAGGAGAAAGAUCUUGACUUGGAAUCCCUAAGUGAACUGGAGGAUGGGCUGGAGGAGGCCAGGGACACUGCGGCUGUGGUGGCUAUAUUCAAGGAGCGGGAGCAGAAGGAGGUUGAAGCCAUGCAUGCUCUCAGGGCAGCCAACCUGGCCAAGAUGACGACGGUGGACCGGAUCGAAGAAGUCAAAUUCUGCGUCUGCCGCAAAACAGCGAGUGGGUUCAUGCUGCAGUGCGAGCUGUGCAAGGACUGGUUUCACAGCGGCUGCGUGCCCCUUCCCAAGACGAGUUCUCAGAAGAAGGGCUCUACCUGGCAGGCCAAAGAAGUGAAGUUCCUGUGUCCGCUCUGCAUGCGUUCCCGAAGGCCGCGGCUGGAGACGAUCCUGUCGCUCCGGCCGGUACGGCUGCCGGAGGGCGAGGCGCUGCAGUGCCUGACGGAGCGGGCCAUGAGCUGGCAGGACCGGGCGCGGCAGGCUUUGGCCACCGACGAGCUGUCCUCCGCUUUGGCCAAGCUGUCUGUGCUCAGCCAGCGCAUGGUGGAGCAGGCGGCACGGGAGAAAACAGAGAAGAUCAUCAGUGCAGAGCUACAGAAGGCAGCAGCUAACCCAGACCUGCAGGGACACUUGACUAGUUUCCAGCAAUCAGCCUUUAACAGAGUGAUAGGGAGUGUGUCCUCAUCCCCACGGCAGACUUUGGAUUAUGAUGAUGAAGAGACAGACUCUGAUGAAGACAUCAGGGAGACAUAUGGCUAUGACAUAAAGGACAAUGCCAGUGUAAAAUCUUCUAGCAGCUUGGAGCCAAAUUUGUUUUGUGAUGAGGAAAUCCCCAUUAAAUCAGAGGAAGUGGUGACACACAUGUGGACUGCUCCUUCAUUCUGUGCUGAACAUGCGUAUUCGUCUGCCUCCAAAAGCUGCUCUCAAGGUUCUAGCACUCCAAGGAAGCAGCCUCGGAAGAGUCCGCUGGUACCUCGCAGUAUGGAGCCCCCUAUACUGGAGCUGUCACCUGGAGCGAAAGCUCAGCUAGAAGAUCUGAUGAUGGUAGGAGAUCUACUAGAGGUAUCACUGGAUGAGACUCAGCACAUCUGGCGGAUUUUACAGGCUACUCAUCCACCCUCUGAGGACAGGUUCCUUCAUAUCAUGGAGGAUGACAGCAUGGAUGAGAAACCACUGAAAAUGAGAGGGAGAGACUCUUCUGAGAGGAAGCGGAAGAGAAAGCUGGAGAGAGCAGAGCAGUUCUUUGGAGAUAUGAAGCAAAAAUCUAAAGAGCUGAAAAAACUGGAAAAACCCAAGAAGAAGAAGCUAAAACUCACCAUGGAUAAGACAAAGGAGCUGAACAAGCUGGCAAAGAAACUGGCUAAGGAAGAGGAGCGGAAGAAGAAGCGAGAGAAGGCAGUUGUCACAAAGGUGGAACUAGCAAAGGAGAGCACAGAGAAGAAAAGAGAGAAGAAGGUUCUAGAUAUUCCUUCCAAGUACGACUGGUCCGGAGCGGAAGAGUCGGAUGACGAGAACGCUGUGUGUGCUGCACAGAACUGCCAGAGGCCCUGCAAGGACAAAGUAGACUGGGUGCAGUGUGACGGUGGCUGCGAUGAGUGGUUUCAUCAGGUUUGUGUUGGUGUCUCUCCAGAAAUGGCUGAGAAUGAGGAUUACAUCUGUAUAAACUGUGCAAAGAAGCCCAUGCAGGGACCAAGUAGCCCUGCUCACGCACCACCUCCAGCUUUCCUGUUGAGCUACAAACUACCAAUGGAAGACCUUAAGGAGACAAGUUAGCAACUACUCCAUGCCUGGAACUUUUUGGGAAAUGGACCACUGAAACCCUACAGAAAGAGAGGGUUUGAAGCUAAUGUAGCCACUGAGCUUCACUUCCAAGGAUGUACAGACCUGCAGCAGAGUUGGUCCCUUCCUUACAGCUGGCUUCCUUCAUUUAAUGGGGACGUCAAGGCACAGUGGUACCGACUCAUCUAUGCAGACAGCGCCUGACUGGGACCUCCAGCCAGUGUUUUCUUGACUUGAGUGUUUCCAUCUUUGAGUGUGGCUGUUUCUCUUACGGACUGAGCAAACCCGAGGCUGUUAGAUUAGACACUUCAGGGUGUUAGAAGUACACGUUGGCAGAGGAACUGGCCUGGAAUUGGUGGGCAUAGGCUGGUGCUUUUAGGCCUACUACAUUACCCUAAGGAGGCAGCUUUGAAAGUUACCUUUUGCCUCCCCAUGCCAUGCCAGUGAGUAGGGCUAUGUCUUGGGAGAGUUGAGUUGCCUCCAUAUCCAGGCAGCUAACACUACACUGUAAGGAUGGGAGCAAGUGGAUGAAUUUCGUGUAAUUUCUCUCUUGUAGCUAAAGGGCAGAGGAUCUCAGAAAUCAGCAAAGGCUCUGUUUACCAAAAAAGAAACCCAGCUCUACUCCACUCAGCAACAUUUUUCCCUCAGUGGGGAACAGCUGAUCUUCCUGUCCUGAGGAGGGCCAGAACGCAUGGGUAAGGUCUAGCUAGACCAGAGCUCGGGAAGAGCAGCGUGCUUCCCUGUCACAGGGGUGCCCUCUCCUGUUCUGGGCUUUGCUUAGAGUUCUGCACUCCUGCAUGUUAAAGUUGUCACACGCAGGAUGGAGCUGGCAAGGGGGUGCAGCACCCAGGGCACCAGCUCCUGUGGUCUGUACCCAGGGAUGGGAAGGAAAGAAGACAGCCCACUUACCUCAGAGGUAACACUGACAUGUGCUUCUGUGAAAAGUUUCACUCACAACUAUUUCCAGUAUCACCAGGCUACGGGCAUGGCCUCAAGAGAUACCAGCAAGCAGUCUGCAGAUACUGUUGGCAGUGCAAAUCCCCCUCCCUGCUGGCUUUGCUGGAUGUGUACCAGGGUACAAUCAGCAACCCUUCUUGUUUGAAGUUGCCCCUGGCUUUGCCAGAGGACCAGAGGGCUUGGGGUCAUCCUGGGUGGCAGUUGUUUUAGUAAAUCCAUUUUUAAAGGAGGACUUGUUUUUACUUUUUUCUAAAUGUCUCAGACUACUGACUUGUUCUAUAAAUAGAUUAUUUUUCUUUGAUUUUUUUAUACUUACCACUGUUAACCAGCAGCACAGACAGAGGUUCACAAAGCAAAAACCUGCCCGUGGGCUUGGGUUUUUUUUACUCCAUUCCUUCCUUGUAGUACAAGGAAUUAGCAGUUACCUUCCCCAUUCUAGCUUGACCAGCUGCCUGUGUUUAAAUAGGUAAAUACAUUUCAUGUGCUACCUUUGUGUUUGGGUUUGUUCCUCUUAGUGGGGCAUCUGGGCCUUAAGGACUCCCAUGGGCACUGGCUUUGUAUCUGUGAGUGUCUGGAGCCAGCCGCUGGGCUGUCUUGUCCCCCUCUCCACUGCUCCCUAUUGUGUUUCCAUUCUUCUGCAGUUCUAGGAGUGUUGUAAGUAGUGUCCAGUCUUACUAGGAGAUGGAUUGGGAUUUAAAGAAAUAUUGACAAAAACAAAAGUGUUCUGUCUUGACUGUUCUGUGUCCCUUCUCUUGUUCUCUAAUAUUUGGAAGUUUCUUUAUCUGGCAGAAUUAUCCAUCAA